AUGAAAGAGUGCCUAGCGAACUACGCGGAUUUGUCUGUGAAUCCUUUAGAAAAGACUGCUCGAGUCUGGUCCUUGCGACGCAAUAUUUUCGACCGACAUGCCCGAGUUUUAUAUGGCAUUAAUGUGGAAGAAUAUCUUAACUGGAUGGUUGAAUCUGCCACCAUUUCCUCCUCUUGCUCCAAUAACUCGGAUGUGAUCAAUUCUGGCGUGACAGACGAUGCGAAGUUGCUCGGUCCUAAGCGAACGACAAUUGUUUCCUCGCUAUUAUCAUGUCCUCUUCAUCCAUUCGUUAAGUUCUUGGCGCCCGAUUUGAACUUCGAGGAUGUAAUGCCAGAAUUGAUGGCCUCCCCAGACCGUAUCUACCUGGAGCGUUUUCUGAAUCGGGGAACUUUUGGAUCAGUUUUUGCCGGAAAGUUCACCUCUUCGGUUAAAUCUGCUUCAUGCGGAAUUGAAUUGGUAAUUUCAUAUUAA